AUGGAUGAAGGCACCCACUUUGUGAACAAGAUUUUGGUAGCUUUGUUAGCCAAAUAUAGUGUGAAACACAAGAUUGCUACAGCCUACCACCCUCAAACAAAUGGUCAAGCAGAAAUAUCCAAUAGGGAGAUCAAGGGAAUCCUACAGAAAGUGGUGAAUCCCAUUAGAAAGGAUUGGUCUCAAGGAUUGGAUGAUGCUCUUUGGGCCUAUCGAACGACUUUCAAAAUCCCUUUAGGAAUGUCACCGUAUCGUUUGGUUUUUGGAAAAGCUUGCCAUUUGCCCAUUGAGUUGGAGCAUAAGGCAUAUUGGUCCACUAAGAAGUUAAAUAAGGAUCUCCAAGCUUCUGGAGAAGCUCGAAAGUUACAGUUAAAUGAGUUGGAAGAGAUGAGCUUGCUCUCCUAUGAAAAUGCUAAGUUGUAUAAGAAAGAAAGCUAA